CUUUCACUUUCAAUUUUCUUUCUGUUUCUCCUACUCCUUCCAGCGUCUUUGUCGCCCUUCCCACAUCUCACCGUCCCCAAGUCCCUCAUCCUUCUCCCCUUCCCGUCUUCCUUGUCUCUAAUCUUACUGUCGGAUCUGCUACUAUUCCCCCUUUCCUUCCCCAUCCUCGUCUUCCUCUCUCGUCUGCCUUUCGGGAUUUUUUCAAUCCGAAUAGUUUUUGGACCUUUCUGGCGGAGUUCUCUUUUUUUUUUUUUUUUUUAACUAAGGGGCGAUCGAUGAGCGUUAUGUCCUGCAUGGAUUACAAACGCUACAGUGAGAUACAGAAAUUGUUUGGUGCGCAUAUCAAAUAUUAUGACCUAUGUAGUGAGUGUUUAGUGAGUUAGUAUUGGUCUAAGUCGGAGUGUGUGGAUGCAGGGGGCGGGGGUGCUUCUCAAGGGUGAAAUAUGUGAAGACGGCUUCGAGCACCAGCUGCAGAUCAAGACUCAAUUUUGCUGUAACCCACGUCAAACAGACCUUUCCACCGAGUAGGCAGUGGGUCAAUGAACAGCCCCAACAUCAGGCAGCGGCGGACUGCUGGUCACCAUUCGGCGAGCCGAUUGUCCGUCCCAAGCGGAGCCUCGGUAUCAGCAGCAUUUCUGGUACCGUCCUGACUUCAGAAACGUCCUGUAAGCUUCGAUUAAGUCCUUCGGGUUAUUACUGAGAGCAGCAUGUCCGGAAGCCACUAAGGCCAGCCUAGGAAAAUGAGAACGGUGUGGAUCCAAACGUCUCUCUACUGCCUCCUACUCCUGGAAGCGAGGACUGCAGUGUGCUUUGCACAGGUGCAGUGCUCAGUUUCUCCAGUAGGGGCACUGCACCCCGUGCAGGGUCUGCUGGAGCAAUUUGGGGCAGGGCCUGGAUGUGCGGCCAGGGAGAGCAGCGAUAAGGAAACCCACGUGAUCUCUGUGGGCGGAGCCUCUCCUGGCCAGCCCAAUCAGGUGACCGUGCUGCUGCGUCCGCUGUCUUUCUCCCACCCGCCUGUCCGGCCCGUGACACUGGUGCUCAGCUCCCAGCAUGCUGUGUCCUGGUGGCUAGAGGGAGAGAGACUGCCUGCCAAUCUGGUAGUGAUUGUGCAGAUGUCGGCCUUCUCUGACGUCCAAACACGUGGAAUGGCGGUCCAAGUGCGGCAGGUUCCGUCGCUGCCUUGGCGGCCAUGGCUACUGCACCGCUGGGUCUUAAAGAACCACUCGUCCCUGUCGUCCCUCAAUCACGCGGAGCGCGCUAAUCGGGUCUACCUGCGACUUGGGGAGGACCCCACCAUGCCCAGCGAGUGCCAGCUGCAGUCCCUCUUCCUGUCCCACAGCUACAUGACCUCUGACCUGCAGCUGCAGCCUAUCAGGGGCUGCCUUCCGCAGAGGGGCGGUGCCAGCACGGAGGUCGAAGUUCAUGUGAUCAGUCUGCAGUCAGCAGGUUCUGGAAUGUGUGGCUCACUGCAGGUGGAGGUACCCAUCUCAGUGCUGCCCCCAGUGGGCACUGUCGGCUGGUACGAGUUGGUGCUGGUCCUUAGCAGUGCCACACCGGUCAACUGGGCCUUGACCGCCAUCGGGCUGCAAGGCCACAUCUCGGUCUACUCAUCCAACACGGUGUCCCCCCUUUACCCCUCCGAACCCGGGCUGACGAUGACCAGCACUGUAAUACCCAGCCUCUAUAAGACCCGCGACCUUUUGGCCUGGGCUAAACAGCACGGCCUGCCAGCGGUGACGUCAUACACAGAGGCCGAUCUGGCCAAUCGCUUCACCAUCAGGCUGGCUGGGGGCGGGGCCGAGUACAUCCCCACCAUGCAGUCCCAGGCUACGUGGGUGGAGGGCGCCCCCCAGUGGGGCCAGGAGCGCCGGCUGAGGCAGUGGCUGAGCCAGCAGGAGGAACCGGGCGCAGCGGACAGAGAUGCCAGCGGGUCUGUCAGCACACAGUGCCAGGACGGGCUGCUUCAGGUGGCCGUCAACACGGACGCCCUGCAGCCACCUUUCCCAGUGUCGGCCGUGACGUUGAGUGACCAUCGGUGCCAAGCCCGGUUCAAUGGCAGCCACUUCCUGUUGGUUUUCCCUGUCAUUUUCUGUGGGACCGAGGCGGUAAUGGAGACGCAGCCUAAAGCAGUAUGGUACAGAAACACGGUGUUGCUGUGGAGAGAGAGCCCCGUGGAUGCUGAGCGUAACCGGACAGGGGAGGAUUGGGCCCCGCUGAUCAUAUAUGUCAACUGCCAGGAUGUGACCCCCGUCCCUACCCCAGCCAAUCAGGGAACAGCUCCCCCUCCCCACCAGGCCUCCCCCAGAGGCCUCUGGGCCCAGCAGGAGGCCAGGUCAGAGGAUUCGUCAGACAGACACCCGUCUCUAGCACCCCUGUCCAUGCGUCUGUCUGUGACAGAGGGGUUCGAGAGGAAAAUGACGGGACCCUACAUCAUCAUGGCCAACAGCCGCGUCCACGUGGAGGUGUCUGUGAGGGAGUUUCUGAGGGGCAGCGUGGAGGUCGAGUCCUGCGUGGUGUCCCCGCUCUCGCACCCUGAAGCCUCCCCCAGCUGGAUGGUUAUCCAGGACGGUUGUUCCUACGACCCUACGGUCAGGCUAAGCGGAGAAGGGGGGCACCAGGGCUACGGUGGCGGGUGGAGGCAGGACACAGCGGGAGACGCAGCAGGAAACGGGGCGACAGAGAAGGAGGAGGAGAAGCGAGGGGCAGAGGAAAGAGGAGGAGGAGAGGAGGCCCAGGACGAGGAAGGAAAGAAGGGAGAAGGAGCGGUGAGCGCGUCUUGGAGGCUGAGGUUCAGUUUCAUCCUCCACCCCAUCUACAACAACCCCAUCCAGUUCCUGCACUGCCAGCUUCACCAGUGUGAUGCAGAAGCUGCCCCCACUUCUCCCAGUCCCUCUGGGGAAACUGCAGCGGCUGGCUGUGGGGAAGGAAUCCGCGUCCCUGCUCUCGUCGCUCAGCCAAAUCGCAAAAAGUGCCACUACAGGACACUGUCUAGACCAGUGGUGGUGACUCAGCCUGUGGGAGUGCGUCAAACCCUGCCACCUGUUGUUCAGUCAGUUCUCAGGCCCAGAAUGACCACAAAGUCUAAGUCCAGUGCUGCAGACUUGAGCAGUGGAAUCGAUACUGGCCCAGUGGUGGGGAUUGUAUUUGCUGCUUUCCUGAUGGGUAUCGGUCUAAUGGGGGCGCUGUGGUGCAUCCACAGUCACACAGGGAUGAGCCCAGCUUCCAGAAGAGGCAGCCUCCUUGACAGUAUAGCCCAGCCCGCCGCCAGCAGUCGCCCUGCGCUGAUGGAACACUCCAGCAGCUCUGUGUGAAGGUUGUUUCACUUUUUGAAAAGGUCAGAAAAAGAAUGAUUUCCUGUGUGUGUGUGUGUGUGUGUGUGUGUGUGUGUGUGUGUUUGCCUAGAUCACAUUUGAGGACCAAAUUGUCCCCAAAGUGUAGUAAAACCUGAAAUUUCC